CGAAGUCUGGGCGCGAGAUGAGGGGAGGCGGGGCGGUUGUGGUGUCCGGCGCGCGCGUUGGCGGCCGUUGGGCGCUGGGACGCACGCGCAAGGGGUGGGCCGGCCUUUCGCGCGAGGGGUGCGGGUAUUGCUUCUGGCAGGGUCUGUCAUGGCCGCCCGCGGGUUGAGCAACAUUCUGGGGGAGGUCUGCCUGUUCGAGGAGGCCCGAGGCGAUUCGGGGAGAGCGUCAGGGGGCGACGCCUCGGUGUGGGGCCGCGGUGGGAGAAGACGGAGCUUGUAGACCUGAAGGUCUUCUCCGAGUUCGAGAGACUCUCCCCUCCCCCACUCUCGCGUUUAGGGGGUGGAUUCGUGGUUCCAGAGAUUUCGAGCAAAAAAGAUGUUCAGUAAGGAACAAACUCUUAGGUAGAAAUUCUCUCUGGGGGCACUUCAGGGUGAAAGGGUACGCGUGCGAGUCAGAGUUGUUACUUAUUCUGGUGUCAGCUUUCAAGUUUAUCAGCUCUUGGGGCCUCAGCUGUCUCGGCCACCCUCUCUGGGUGGAACAAACACCGCCAAAUCCUUUCCUGAUCUCAUUUGUUUUGAGCUUUCGAUCUUGUCUAGUCACUUAGUCUAGAAAAUUUUGUGUAUCAAACUUAGUCUGUCCCCAAAUUUGUCUCCCCAUCAAAACAAAGAGACUUUGAAUUCCUAAUUUUUUUUUUUUUUUAAAUACACCAUCUACUCCCAGAUUUGAAGCCCAGAGUAGAUGACUCUGGCUCUUUUCUGUCCGAGGUUCUCCCAGGGGGUGGUUCCACCCUGUAGGGUGUUCCACCAUCUUUUUCCCUACUUAACCAUGCCCCCACUGUAGUUAAUUUGGUGUCUGGUUUUCCUUGCUGCUGGUCUCUUACCCUACUCCGUCUUCUCUGGAGUAACUUGCUCUUGGGAAAAUCCUGAUUGAGCCACAACUCAAAAACUUAAUCAGCGAUUCUUUAUUGCUUAGCAAAUUAAGUAUGAAUGCCCUGGGCUUGACCAGCUCUUCCAGCUCUGUCUCCUGUCUCUACUUCAAGCAGCCAGUCCUUUCCAUUCCCUGAAAGGGUCUGGUGGUUUCUGGUCUGGCCUUUGCUGGCUCCUGUUCUUUUCUCUGAUACCCGGGGACUGACUCCUUCCUGUCUUUGCCAGUGUUGGUAUCAGAUUGUUUCUUUCAAGAAUCAGAUAAGGAUACAUGCUUAAUUUUAGCCCCUAAACUCUGCUUUGAGGCCCUGAUUCUAAUUCCAUUCAUUCAGCCAUUGCUGUUGAGUGCUUAGGCAAUGUAUGUCAGGCCCUGUACUAGGUGCUGGGCUGACAUGACUGGGGGGGGUUCUUUUUUAGUUGGGCCAACGGGAAAUACCUUUUUAGAGCAACAGAGGUCUGAAAGAAGUGGGAACAGCAAGUGCAAAGGCGCUGAGGCAUGUUUGAGGUGCAGCUGCAAGGCCAGUGAGUGAGGCUGAUGGGGGAGAUAAGGUGUGAGUGUAAAGGGAGUCAGGUUGUGUGGGGCUUGAUAGGCCAUGGUGAGGACUGUUUUAUUCUGAACACAGCAUGAACCUGUAGAGGGUUUUGAGCAGAGGAGUGACAUUCUCUGACUUAGCUUCUAUAGGCUCCCUCCAGCUGCUGAGGGGCAUGGAAGGGGGAGUCGGGGAUGGAAAGCAGGGAGACCAACAAGGAGGCUAUUGGCAUAAUCCAGGCAAGAGAUGAUGGUGCCCAAAUGUCCAUCAGCUGACAAUGGAUAAAAUAACUGUGGUAUCACAGUACUAAGGAAUAUUAUUCAACCCUGAAAAGGAAUUAUGUACUGAUACACGGCUACAAUGUAGAUGAACUUUGAAAACUAGGCGCUCUGUCUGUAUUGGAUUAAACGAAGCCAGGAGCACCAUGGCGGAACAGGAUGUGGAAAACGAGCUUCUGGAUUAUGAGGAAGAUGAAGAGCCCCAGGCUCCUCCAGAGAGCGCUCCAGCUGCCCCCAAGAAAGAUAUCAAGGGUUCCUACGUUUCCAUCCACAGCUCUGGCUUCCGGGACUUUUUGCUGAAGCCUGAGCUCCUGAGGGCCAUAGUGGACUGUGGCUUCGAGCAUCCAUCUGAGGGUAUGCCUCCCUGGUCCUUCCCGCCGAGGCCCGCCUCUGACCGCCUCAGUGUGGUCCCCUCAGCCACCCGUGAGGGGCCUACACAGAGGGAACAUCUGGUUUCUGAUAGCUCAUGUGCUCUCUCCCCCUCAGUCCAGCACGAGUGUAUUCCACAAGCCAUCCUGGGCAUGGACAUCCUGUGCCAGGCCAAGUCAGGGAUGGGCAAGACAGCGGUUUUUGUGUUGGCCACCCUGCAGCAGAUUGAGCCCGUCAACGGACAGGUGACGGUCCUGGUUAUGUGCCACACUCGAGAGCUGGCCUUCCAGAUCAGCAAGGAGUAUGAGCGCUUCUCAAAAUACAUGCCCAGCGUCAAGGUGUCUGUAUUCUUCGGGGGCCUCUCCAUCAAGAAGGAUGAGGAGGUGUUGAAGAAGAACUGUCCCCAUGUCGUGGUGGGGACGCCGGGCCGGACCCUGGCGCUUGUGCGGAACAGGAGCCUCAACCUGAAGAAUGUGAAGCACUUCGUGUUGGACGAGUGUGACAAGAUGCUGGAGCAGUUGGACAUGCGGCGGGACGUGCAGGAGAUCUUCCGCCUGACACCCCACGAGAAGCAGUGCAUGAUGUUCAGCGCUACCCUGAGCAAGGAGAUCCGGCCCGUCUGCAGGAAGUUCAUGCAAGACCCCAUGGAGGUGUUUGUGGACGAUGAGACCAAGCUCACGCUGCAUGGGCUGCAGCAGUACUAUGUCAAACUUAAGGACAGUGAGAAGAACCGCAAGCUCUUUGACCUCCUGGAUGUGUUGGAGUUUAACCAGGUGGUGAUAUUUGUGAAGUCGGUGCAGCGCUGCAUGGCCUUGGCCCAGCUCCUCGUGGAGCAGAACUUCCCAGCCAUUGCCAUCCACAGGGGCAUGGCCCAGGAGGAGCGCCUGUCACGUUAUCAGCAGUUUAAGGACUUCCAGCGGCGGAUCCUGGUGGCCACCAAUCUGUUUGGCCGAGGAAUGGACAUUGAGCGUGUCAACAUUGUCUUCAAUUAUGACAUGCCCGAGGACUCAGACACCUACCUCCACCGCGUGGCCCGUGCGGGUCGCUUUGGUACCAAAGGCCUGGCCAUUACUUUCGUGUCUGAUGAGAAUGAUGCCAAAAUCCUCAAUGAUGUCCAGGACCGGUUUGAAGUGAAUGUGGCAGAGCUUCCAGAAGAAAUAGACAUCUCCACAUACAUUGAGCAGAGCCGGUAACCACAUGCCCGGAUGUCCCGGAGCCCCCCCUGCUUCCCACGUGUUGCUUCAAGUCCUCUUCCUAGGUGACAGUGGGCCUUUCUUUUUACUGUUUAAAAGCUGUAGAUUUGUGUAAGAAUAAAUUUUUAUUAUGGAA